GAGGCGGUGCAUGCGGAGGAACUGCAUGUAGUAAAUGCGGCGUCAGCGACUCUAGUGGCGAUGAUGGAAGCCGGUGGAGAGCGCGAGGAGGAGCUGAUCUCACUCGGUCAACGACACGUCCACGGAGUCCACGUGUAGCCCGUCACUGACGCAAACACACGGAGCUGUGCUGCUCUCAUCAGCCGGGUGGGGUUCAUCACGGAGCGACCGCUGACCGCCGCUGCGAGAGGGGUGACAAAGCGAUCCAGUGGAGCAGUUAAUAUGAUCACGGCACGGCUUGUGUUCUUGCUCAUCCUCCCUUCACUGAGUCUGUGUUCUCCACAACUUCAGCAAACUCUCAGUGAUGACAUCGUUGUACCAGACCUUGCAAAUCCUUUUGGCUCCAGCGAAGACAACCACAGGCUCUUACAAAGCUACAUCAAGAGCAGCCUGAAGGAAGGACAGACCAGUCCAGAGCUGAACACAAGGGAACAAGAGGUAUUUUUCCUUUUCUCUCUGUAUGACUAUGACAGAAGUGGGCAGAUGGAUGGCCUUGAACUGAUGCAACUACUGACAGAUUUUCUGACUUCUCAUGAAAUGUUGCCAGAGUCUGCAGAUACUGUUGUAUCUUUGGUGGAUUAUCUGCUACAAACUCAAGAUGUGAACCAGGAUGGACUACUGGCUCCUUCAGAGCUGUUAUCAUACAUGAUAGACCAUAAGCAAGAAAACAAAUUUGUGCCCACUGAUCCUCCUGCGGAGGAAGCCUUAAACCAGGAGCAAACACAUACAAAAUCAGAGGACGGAGUUUCUGAAACUCACCAAAAAGAUGCAGAAGACAACCAAGAGUCUGAACAUGAAAAUGGGACACAAGAUUCAGCCAAAAAAGAAAACAUGGAGGCUGAGAAUCACAACCAGAUAGCAUGAAGAACAUCAGGACUAACUGCAGCCUCAAAAUACCAGUCCACCAAGAGCAACUAGAGAUGUAAUGCCAAAUUAAGCAUGAAGUACAACUUUAGAGACUUGUACAAAUUAGCCAUACACUGGAAACCACUUACCCGCUGCAUAAACUGAUACAUAAUUUAAUUCUGGAUAUGCUAAAAGUUAUGAAAGUACAAGAGCAUGCGUUACUGAUAUUAUAGAUGUUAUUGCAAACCCUCUGAACGGCCCGGUUCAAACUAUGCAAACCAAGUACAACUCAGAUUUGCUAAGAGACAACCCAGGUUUAGCAACUAUUGUUAGGUUUUCAAACUAAACUCUUGGCAUUUUCCUAUAUCCAGCCCCUCCUUGAGGAUUGAUGCCUCUGAAAUAAAAGUUCAAUUAGAAAUAGAGUUUAUUGAGCUUCAAUAAUGUUGCUGAAAACUUUAUUUUUCUGAGGAGCAUGCAAUAGAAUUUGGAUGGAUCAGGAUGUAAAUGGCUGAAGUCUUAAGUGUCUCAUGCCAUAAGGGAGUAAUUUAACCAUGCAGUUUUGCUGAACAGUUAAGCAAUUUGUACUUCCAAGGAGACCCACACACUACAUUUCCAGUACAGAUUUCUCAGCCUCUGCCAUCUUGAUUUCGAUUGAAGUGCAAAACCCCACAAUAUUUGCCUUUAGGUCCAAUAUUCCUUUUUCCAUUCUCUACCUAGUUAUAGUAGAAAACUUGAUGUUGCAAUUGAUUAAAAAAA